UUUGGUAAUAUCGAAUGCUUUCGAUAAGUCCAUAGUUAGUUAGUUAAUACAAUCGCACUAAAGACUUUUGAAUAGUCAUAUAUUUCGGUUUGGUAAUAUCGAAUGCUUUCGAUAAGUCCAUAGUUAGUUAGUUAAUACAAUCGCACUAAAGACUUUUGAAUAGUCAUAUAUUUCGGUUUGGUAAUAUCGAAUGCUUUCGAUAAGUCCAUAGUUAGUUAGUUAAUACAAUCGCACUAAAGACUUUUGAAUAGUCAUAUAUUUCGGUUUGGUAAUAUCAUUUCCUGUUUGUAUUUCAGACAAUAUCACGGAAUCUUCUUCAUCAAGUGAUUUUCUGGACAUGAGUAAUAUUGACUCGAGCGAAGACUAUAUCACGGACUCUUCUUCUUCUUCAUCAAGUGAUUUUCUGGACAUGAGUAAUAUUGACUCGAGCGAAGAAAAUAUGGAUUCAUAUCAGUAUGCAGAUAACACAUGCUUGGCAGAAUCAUGUUUUGGUGGCGAGGAAACGACUGUAUGUAGAUGCGAUGAUAUGUGUCAAUUCUUUGGUGAUUGCUGUCCAGACUACCCUCUAACAAUUUUCAACGAGACAGGAUCAAACGAGACUCUAUCAGACGAGAUUCAAUCAAACAAGGCUUUACCAAACGAGACGCUAUUAGACCUUGACGUAUGGGAAUGUAUCGUUGAUUCUUUCCUUCCUCAAUUCGACCCACGCCUCGGACAUGGAUACAGGAUGAUUGCUAGGUGCCCAUCAGGAUGGUCUUUAGAGGAGGAUGUCAAUCGAAACUGUGAAGAGGUUUCUCCCAAUGCAACUAUAGAUGUUCUUUAUAUCUACCAGGACACGUACUUCAGAAACCUAGAUUGUGCUUCUUGCCAUGAGUAUGAAGAAAGUUCGUUGACAGCUGUUGUCAUUUCAGCAGACCAACAAUGUUGGUGGGGAGAUAAUUAUACUCUUGAAUGCAUGAAACUAAUGCCCACAUCACAGUCCAACGUUUCGCUGAAUAUCAGCGGAUCUAAUAUCAUGCCUUCGGUUCGAACCAUUCCCAAACCUCGACUUUGUCUCGUGAAUACAUCGGGAAGUUGUCCGAACGGGACAGACGAAGAGGUAGCCCGCGAGUGUCAGUAUUAUUACAAACCAUUCAUUGUUGAAGGUGUUGUAAGUAAGCAUCCUGCAUGCAGUUAUUGCAAUGGAGGUUCCUUGAUAUGUAUCGAUGAAGUGAUUACAGUACCAUUAGAAGGCGCAAUUGAUAUUUUUCGUAUUGACUACCCCGACCCAAUAAUACAAUCACAAUGUAUAGACGGAUUCGAGUUGGAUGACAAUGGUAACUGCGCUCCGAUAUCAUCUGAUUGGCCCGUCUGUCAAUCCAAACAUUUUGGGGUCAAACAAAAUAACGGAUCUGAAGAGUGUUUAAAAGAGAUGGUUUGUUUCAGGGAGGUGACCAUAGAUAAUACCACACUAACUUUAACAGCUCCGCCACCUUGUCUAGUUAGGUCUUCAACAGACGUGGUUAAUAAUGCCAUCACAUUCAGUUUGAUUUACACGGAUGGCAUGAACCCAUCUCUUGAUAUAAUCCAGAGCGAUAUCAUACAUCGAAUUAAAACUCCUAGCCGCGACCAAUGUAAAGACAUGGUAAUAUCAGCUAGUCAGUCCUGUUUUGUCGAAGACAACCCUGGAAACAUAACACAUCGUUGUCCCGAGGAAAUGUUUGUCGGACACAAUUUUGAUUUUACGGCUUCUCUUAGCAACAACGAGUCUUUUAUUUUCUUCAAUGGAACUUAUAUUCGACCAAAAUGGUGGAGUAAUAUCACCAACAUGCAGUUCAGCAGUGCCACCGUCUCAUCAGAGUAUCAGUUUGUGGUGUGUGGGACCGAGAUUGCUCUCCAAACCUGCUCUUUCUUCACGGUUUCCAAUGAUUCCUUAGAAUGGGACUAUCAAGAAAACCAGUCUGUUAUUCUGUAUCAAGGUCAGAUGUACGACAUAGAGGACAUUCUGAUUCAUCCCGAUGGUUCCAUAAGCAUCUGCUAUAGUGAUCAGGUCACACCCAUAAGUAGAAGGUCAUUGAUGAUCAUAGGCCAUGUUCUAUUUGCCGUAUCAUCAGUUUGUCUUUUCGCUACGUUAAUAACUUACAUUUCCUUCUCUACCUUGCGGAAUCGUCAGGGUGUCUCCAUAAUGAAUUUCAUUGUUGCCUUGUUCCUUGGACAAAUCUUUCUUCAGUACAUACGUCUUUCAGUCUCCCAGUUUAGAAUACCUUCUAUAGUUGUUGCUGCGUUAUCCCACUUCUUCUUCCUUGCUUCGUUUGUUUGGACGACUAUCCUUGCUUGGGACCUGAGUCGAAGCUUUGCAGCAAACAAGAUAAAAUCAUUUUCAUCUGGCUCAUUUGGUCGUAAGAUGGUGGCUUUUCUUGUUAUUGGAUGGGGCACUCCUCUCGUCUUUGUCUCGAUCACUUUGGUCCUUCAGUUCGGAGGAUUCCAGAAUGGUCCUUUCUUGGAAUACGAUAGUAAUACAUGCUGGCUUGCCAAACUAUCUAGCAUAGUAAUGUUCUUUGUUCCAAUGUCUGUAUGUCUUCUAUCCAAUCUCGUGUUUUUUAUCAUCACGGUACAUGGAAUUCAUUCUACCAAAAAAACAACAUCGGUGCUAAAACCUGGCCAGGAAUCACAAUUCAAACAAUUGGCUGUUGAACUCAGAAUAUAUGUCAAGAUCUCAGCUCUUCUUGGAUUCGCCUGGUUAUUUGGGUUCUUAGCUAUGGUCAUCGAUGUCCCCUUCAUGGACUAUCUCUUCGUCAUCAUCAUCAGUCUCCAAGGCGUCUUCAUUAUUAUUUCAUUUGGUGCCAACAAACGAGUGAAGAAACUCUGGCGAACAUCCAUGGAGAACUCAACGCUGUGGACGACUCUUUCUCGAAGAGAGUAUUCAAGCGGUCGUAGUAAUACUGGAACAAAAGAUGGACGCACACAAUGUAGUGAGAAACAGUAGACACUAUAAAUAUAAAUGGAAGGAAGAAAGAGUAGAUACUGACCAUAAGUUGCAAAGGGGAGGGGGUAGUAAAACGGCCGUCGCAAUUCCUACUCGUCAACAGAGAGAGAGAGAUUAAGUGAAGGGGUGGGGUGAAGAUGUCAUCUAUUAAAGGGAUGAUUGAGUGUUGGCAUAGAGGGGCCCACACAUAAUAUUUUUUGUGUGAGAUAACGAAAAACCGAGUGUCAAAUUCGGAAGAGCAUGCAAUUUAAAUGAAAAAUCAUAAAUAAUAAAUAAAUAAAUCCAUAAAUGUAACCAUUUUUGGGGCCCCCACAAAUAUUCAAUAAUUUUGAACCAGCCGUUGAAAGAUCGAAAUAGCACCUAAUACGUUUUAUUCCAGCCA